AUGGAUAAUAAAUUGAAACUGCCGAACACAGCAGCGAAUAAAAUUUUCCCAUUAAAUGAUGUUGGAAGUACCGAAAAUUUAGUUGACAAUGAAAAACAUCAGACAUUUGUUCAACAUUCAAAUGGAACAACACCAUUAACAAAUGGCACAACACCAUUAACAAAUGGCCAUGAAAAACCAAAAUCGACACAGGAAAAGAAUGGAUUUUUACAUAAAUUACCCUGUUUCAAAAAGAAACCAAAACCCGUUGACACUGAAUCAACUAAAAAAGUUGAACCAAAACUGAAACCAUUUGAAAUUCACAAAUAUGCAGAUAAAUGGGAUAUUCUUUUAAUGGUUUGUGGGACAUUUUUUGGAUUAGCAUGCGGGGCAGCAAUGCCAAUACAAAUGUUCAUAUUUCAAACUGUUAUCAAUGGAUUUGUUGACGCUGGAAAGCAACAAUCAGGUGCGAAUUAUACACAAUCAACUGGUGGAUGUAUUCAAGCGUCAUCGUCUGGCGCGUCAGAUCCAUUUGCUUUAAUUAAUGGAAUCAUUAAAUGGUUAGCCAUUCUAGGUUCAUGCGCCAUCGUCCUGUACUGGUCCGCUUACGCUUGUUGGUUAAUAAUUAAGUUUACUAAAAUGGAGACGCAAGCAUAUAGUACGGCUAACGCAAUUGCUCAAGAAGUUCUCGGUGCAAUUCGAACAGUGACAGCUUUUCAAGGACAAAAAAAAGAAGUUGAUCGAUAUCAGUCAAAUUUGAUCACGGGAAAAAAUGUUGGAAUCCAAAAAGGUCUUUUGCUAGGUGUAACACAAGCAGUUGUUAAUCUUCUUCUUUAUGGUGGCAUUGCAAUUAUUUUCUGGUACGGUCCAGUUUUAGUUAGAACAGAGUGUUAUAACUACACCCCUGGUAGCAUGAUUGUGAUAUUUAUUUUAUGUUUAACAUCAAUAUUCAGUCUAUCAAAUAUUUUUCCAAAUGUUGAAGCAUUUGCCGUGGCUUCUGGCUCGGGAGCAUACGUAUUUGAUAUUAUUAAGCGUGAAUCAAAAAUAGAUGCAUUUUCAGACUUAGGCGAAAAACCAGAAAUAUUAAUCGGUGAUAUUGAAUUGAAAGAUGUUCAUUUUACAUUUCCAGCACGACAAGAUGCACCGAUUCUAAAUGGUUUGUCCAUGAAAAUUCCGUCCGGCAAAACGGUGGCUUUAUGCGGACCUUCGGGCUGUGGAAAAAGCACAACAAUUCAACUCAUUCAAAGGUUCUAUGACGCCGACCAAGGACAGGUCUUGCUGGAUGGUCGUGAUAUACGUUCAUUAAACAUAAAAUGGCUACGUUCACAUAUUGGUAUUGUUAGUCAAGAACCCGUUUUAUUUUUCGGCUCAAUUGAGGACAACAUUCGAUUCGGAAAGUCAGAUGCUACUGAUGAGGAAGUUAUUGCAGCUGCCAAGCUAGCCAAUGCUCAUGAUUUUAUUAUGGAACUUCCAAACAAUUACAAAACAUCGUCCGGUGACAAACUUUCUGGUGGUCAGAAACAACGAGUUGCAAUUGCUCGAGCCCUCAUUUCGAACCCUAGAAUAUUGCUUCUUGAUGAAGCCACAUCUGCUUUGGAUAAUAGAAGUGAAAAAGUCGUACAAGAUGCUUUAGAUAAAGCGAAAGAAGGAAGAACAACGAUAGUAAUUGCUCAUCGUCUUUCAACAAUCAAAAAUGCUGAUUUAAUUGUUGGAAUUGUACGCGGUCAAGUUGUCGAAUAUGGAUCACAUAAUGAAUUGAUGCAAAAACAAGGUCUCUAUUAUGAACUGGUCACAGCUCAAACGGAAAAAGACAAGGAGAAGGAUCAAAAUAGCGAUAAAGAAGACCAAGAAGAAGAAGAAUUAGCUAAACAAGCCGCAUUAGCUCAAAAAUCACAAGUGGCUCGUCGUCAGUCAAGACGUAUGUCGUUAAUGUUACGACGUAGUUCAGUUAUAUCAACAAAAUCUAUUAACAGUGAAUUUGGUUCAGAAAUCGGGGAUGAUGAAUUAAACAUGGCGAAGAGCAAAGAAGAUGGAGGCUUUUUUCGUCAACCAUUUAUUAUUAAGAUAUUAAAACUGAAUUCAUCAGAAUGGUACUGGAUUUUGAUUGGAUGUAUUGCAUCCCUUGCUUUUGGCGCUGUUACUCCCGCAUUUGCAUUGAUCUUUUCUGAAAUAUAUGGUAUAUUUUCUAAUCCAAGUUUACAAGAACAAGAAAAUCUAACUAGACAAUUUACCUAUAUUAUUUUCUUAAUUGGCGCGGCUGCUGCUAUUUCUAACUUUUGUUCAUCGUAUGCAUUCGCUAAAUCAGGUGAAGCAUUGACAAUGAGAAUGCGUGUAAUGAGUUUUCAAUCAAUGUUAAAACAAGAGAUUGGCUAUUUUGAUUUGGACGAAAAUAAUUUAGGUGCACUGGUGACUAGAUUGUCAGGCGAUGCAGCUGCGCUUAAAGGCAUGACAGGUCCCACAUUGGCCGCCAUCUUAAAUGCAGUAGGAGCCUUGGUGACUGCAUUAGUUAUCAGUUUCGAAGCCGGUUGGAAAUUGACUUUUAUUGUCUUAUGCUUCACACCGUUGAUGGUGUUCACUGGGAUUGUUCAAGGACAAUCGUUAGCAAAAGCAGGACAAAAGAAAACUGGAACAACAAAUGCUGAAGAGGGAGGAAAAUUUGCAACGCAAGCAAUAGAAAAUAUUCGAACAGUGGUUGCGCUACAUCAAGAAGGAUAUUUUAUUACAAAAUAUAGACGUGCGUUCGACGAUGAUUUUAGACAUGCUAUGGUAACACUUCAUUAUCAGGCAGCUGGCAACGCGAUAGCCAAUGCAAUGAUGAGCUUUAUACAGGCAGCAGCAUUUGGCUAUGGAUCUGUACUCGUACAAAAUAAAGAGAUGGAGUUUCAAGAUGUUUUUAGAGUAUACGCUGUGGUAACAUUUGCAGCCAUGUCCUUUGGUCGUAGUGCUAGUAUGGUUCCAAAUUAUUCGAAAGGGAAGGCAAGUGCAAUCCGAAUAAUGGAAUUAAAUAACAAAGCGUCAAAAAUUGAUCCAGAUGAUCCAAAAGGAUUAAUUUUAUCUGAGGUCACUGGUAACAUUGAAUUUCGAGAUAUUCGUUUUCGAUAUCCAGCUCGACCCAAACUUCGCAUAUUGAGACAUUUCAAUCUGACAUGUGCAAAUAAUGUCACUACCGCAUUAGUGGGACCGUCAGGAAGUGGUAAAUCGACAUCUGUUGCUCUUUUACAACGAUGGUACGAUCCAUUGACCGGUUCAGUACUUAUCGAUGGUCACGAUAUAAAAACAUUGAAUAUAAGCUGGCUACGAUCUAUAUUAGGUCUAGUUCAACAAGAGCCCGUUCUGUUCAAUUUAUCUAUUCGUGAGAACAUUGCCUAUGGAGUCAUCAAUAAAGUUAUAACACAAGAAGAAAUUGAAAUAGCUGCUAAAAAAUCCAAUAUACAUGAAACAAUUAUAACCCUUCCACAAGGAUAUGAAACCCUGGCAGGUGCUAAAGGCGGACAACUAAGUGGUGGACAGAAACAGCGUAUUGCUAUUGCGCGCGCUUUGAUAAGAAAUCCAAAAAUUUUACUACUAGACGAAGCGACGUCUGCGUUGGAUAAUACAAGUGAAAAGAUUGUUCAAGAAGCACUCGAUACAGCGAGAACCGGAAGAACAACUUUAACAAUUGCUCAUCGAUUAUCAACAAUUCGGGGUAGUGAGAAAAUUGCAGUAGUCGAUGUAGGGAAAAUAAAAGAACAAGGUUCUCAUGAUGAAUUAUUGCUUAAACGUGGCAUUUAUUAUAAACUAACCAUGGCACAAGAACGACCAGAUAACAGUAAAAAUGUGUGA